UCUAAUGAGUCGAGCUCGCGAGGAUCUCACAAUGAGAUUAUUUAUGCUAAUCAAGUAGAUGUCACUUCCGCCCCUUUUAUUUGCGCCAUUUUGGAUAGGGCAGUUUCUAGGUUGGAUGUGUAUUGUCUGUCAGAGGAGAAUGGUCUAAGCGUUAUUGGCGAACAGGCAAUCACAGGCAGGCUUUAGGCAAUUUAUUUGAAAGAGUGGGCUCGCCGGUUGUUGUUCCCAACAACAGGACAUGUGUCUUCCCUCACCACUCCAGGGAAUGGAGGUUUUAAUUGUCUAAUGAGGCUCGGAGGUUUUCUGUUCCCGUUUGCCGACCAGAGGGAAGAGGAUAGCCCUUGUCGGCGAGGGACAGUCGGGUUUGGAGGGUGCACCGACGGCCGGGCUCCCCCCGCGAAGCUAGUUGUCACCUGAAAGGAUAUAACCGGGAUAUCUGAAAAAAAGUGAAAGUGUCUGUACAUCGUCUCAGUCAUCCUGAGGUGACAGAUUUGACUCAGACGGGAGCACUGAAUGUGAAAGCAGGCAGGCAGCAUGUUCCAGCUCCCUGUCAAUAAUCUGGGCAGUCUGCGGAAAGCAAGGAAAAAUGUCAAGAGGGUUUUGGGAGACAUUGGCUUGGAGUUCUGUAGAGAUCACCUAGAGGACUAUAAAGACUUUACUCCUCCAGAGGUGUAUAUAAAGCACACUACCUGGGAAGAUGUGUGCAUGUGGGAACCAUCACAUACCAAAGUCCAGGACUACAGAUCAAAGCCUUUCUGCUGCUCUGGCUGCCUCUUUUCAUCCAAGUACUUCUCUGCAUAUAAGAGCCACUUCCGCAAUGUCCACAGCGAGGACUUUGAGAACAACAUUCUGCUCAACUGCCCCUACUGCACUUACAAUGGUAACAAAAAGACUCUGGAAACGCACAUCAAACUUUUCCACAUGCCUAACAACAUUGUGCGGCAGGGCCCUGGUGGAAUGGUGGCAGGAGCUGGUGGGAUCAUGAUGAAGGAUGGGGUGCUGAAGAGGACCGGGGACAGUGUGGAACAGGCGGUGUACUACUGCAAGAAGUGCACCUAUAGGGACCCUUUGUACAAUGUAGUGCGAAAGCACAUCUAUCGAGAACACUUCCAGCAAGUUGCCCAGCCCUACAUUGUGAAACCAGGAGAGAAGACAAAUGCUCAGAAUGGUGGUACAGCAGGAGCCACAGGGAAUGCAGAGAGUAAUAGCACAAACAGUGUUAACAGUAACCAGAUUCACUGCAAGAAGUGUCUGUUUGUUCCAAGGACCUAUGAGGCACUUGUUCAGCAUGUCAUUGAGGACCACGAGAGGAUUGGCUACCAGGUGACUGCUAUGAUUGGGCACACCAGUGUGAUAGUCCCCCGUCCCAAACCCAUCAUCAUGAUCCCCCCCAAAACCCCAGGAGAUAAGACCAUCAUUGGGAUGGGCCCUAAAGGUGCAGUAAUGGCCACUACCAGGUCUCCUGGCUCACAGCAGCUGGGUCGGGUUGUUGUUGCAUCAAAGACAGGCUUCAACUCUCAAAGUCUUCUAUCUGGGAUGAAACAUGAUGCAAUAGGAUUAAAGGCUGGGACCACCCAGCCAUUCUCUGUCGGCAGCCAGCAGGUGAGGGUUACUUUACCGGGGAACGCCCAGGUUUCUGUGCCCCAGCAGUCACAUGCAGCAAAGCAACUUAUUUCCGGCGGCAGUCUGCGGAGUCCAGUUGUGGUCAGUGCCUCUUCCUCACUCAAAUCCAACCCUCUGGGUUCACGUGUUCAGGCAGCAGCUACUACCGUGGCAUCUGUCACGGCCAAGAAAAGUGGUUCCUCUGUCCUCGGCACGUCCUACACCCAGAAGUGGAAAAUCUGCACAAUCUGCAAUGAGCUCUUCCCAGAGAACGUAUACAGUUCUCAUUUUGAAAAAGAGCACAAAGCAGAGAAGGUGCCUGCUGUUGCCAACUACAUCAUGAAGAUCCACAACUUCACCAGCAAGUGUCUCUACUGCAACCGCUAUCUCCCAAGUGACACACUGUUAAACCAUAUGUUGAUCCAUGGUCUGUCUUGCCCACACUGUCGUGCAACCUUCAAUGACGUUGAGAAGAUGGUGGCCCACAUGCGGCUGUCGCACCCAGAUGAGAGUGUAGGCCCACGCACAGACUCUCCCUUGACAUUUGACCUCACUCUGCAGCAGGGCAAUCCCAAGAAUGUUCAGUUGAUUGUCACUACCUACAACAUGAGAGACGCUCCAGAGGAGUCGGUGGCUUUUCAUGCUCAAAAUAACAACACCUCUGUGUCAUCAGCCUUGUCUGCCUCCCUAAUAUCAGGCAAGAGGUUAAUGCCUCAGCACCCGCCCAAAACACCUUCAGUGGCUGCUGACACUGCACCAACCAAGAGUGCCCCACAGGCAUCUGUGCCCUACAAAAGGGAUGUGGGCAAGACACUAUGUCCUCUUUGCUUCUCUAUCCUUAAAGGCCCAAUCUCAGACUCACUGGCUCACCACCUGAGAGAGAGGCACCAGGUGAUUCAGACAGUCCAUCCUGUAGAAAAGAAACUGACCUACAAGUGCAUUCACUGCUUAGGUGUUUAUACUAGUAACAUGACUGCCUCCACCAUCACUCUACACUUGGUGCAUUGUCGAGGCGUAGGGAAAUCCCAGAAUGGGCAGGACAGCCGGGCAGCUCAUUCUUCUCGGGUCACCCCAGCCCAGAGCAGCGCUCUCAAACGGUCCAGCUUUGAUAGCUCAGACACUAGUGCACCAAAACGAAGGAGGCCGGGACCCCCUGGGGAAAGGGCCCACCCACGGGAUAGCAACGGUCCACCUACAUUUGUAGAAAAUCCCGAUGAACCUGUAGUUCUGGCUCUUGACCCCAAAGGACACGAAAAUGAGUCAUACGAGAUCAGGAAGGCAUUUCUAACAAAGUAUUUCAAUCGAGCGCCUUAUCCCACACAGCGGGAGGUGGAGAAGCUGGCAGCCAGUCUGUGGCUGUGGAAGUCGGACAUCUCAAGCCACUUUGUCAACAGAAGGAGAAAAUGUGUACAGGAAUGCGAGUCCCAAAAUGCCAGCGUGUUGCUCGGGUUCAGUAUGCACGAGCUCAGCAAAGUGAGUCACGAGCUGCCGUUCAUCCAGGAUGGCAUGUACGAGGGCAGACAUAGCAAGAGGCGGACAUCUAGGACGCGUAGGGGGGUGUCAGAGCAGGCUCUUCGGAGACACAGGGAGCUUAUAGCUGCUAAUGGUGGUUUGGCCCCACUACCAAAGGGAAAGCCAACUGUGACUGUGGAAUGUUCUAAAGCAACGCCAUCUGCCCCCAAACCCAACAGUGCCAACAGAGACCAAACCAAGACAAUCAAUAGCACCUUACCACAGAAAAUCCCGCUAGACCUUUCUGAGCCCAUUGCCAUUGACUCCGACAGUGAUGAGGAAGAGCAGCAGAAAGAUAACAGGGAAAGAGAGGUACAUUGCCAUGGUAACGAACGGCUUACCAGAGCUAAGGAGAAAAUGGAGCAGAGUACAGGGGCCAAAAUUGUUUCAGAUCUAGAUGAUAUGUCAGACGAUGAUGAUGACGACGAGGAUGAUGAUGACGACGAUGACGAUGAUGAUGACGAGUACGAAGGGGCACAUGUAGAGAACGGCUUCAGGCCCACAGAGGGCUCAGGAAGACAGGCUGCUAAAGGAAGAGACACUCUUCCCAUCAUUAUUCCCAAGUUUGUACCAUCGUCUGCAAGAAGCAGGAGAGACGGGGCCCAGCUAGGCAAACAGCAGGUCUGACUGGAAAAAUCAAAAAGACUCACACAGUCAGAGAGACACUUUAGGUUUGAUCCAUGCCAACAAAUCUGCCUCGCCUCAACUGAAGGACACUGCCUUAUUACAUUGGGCAUCUGUGAAGGAGAGAGUGAUAAGGAGAGAACUCUACCUGAGUGAAAACUCAAAACAAGCCAUUCAAUGACAUUUAAAGGCAGGACUCAACGAGCAGCUAGGAUUGAUGUAAAGAUUUGUGCACGAAGUUUUAAUGUUUCUUCCCAGGGUGGGAGGGGAGGUGCAAAGACAACAGCGGAGUUACACCAAACAAAUAGAAAAAGUUUUUUGCCUUCUAUAUACUUUAUUACAUUGAGAUAAGGAGUUAUUAACGUUGAUUCCGCCACUGCACUUCUAAGCGUGGCUUAAAAUAAUUAGUUGUUGUGAGGUAAAGCUUUCAGACCAGAUAAUCCAUCAUUUUUCAUGUAGUUUUACCGAGAUAGGUAGUGUAAAUUUGUACAGUCUUUUAGACAUGUUUGGACAGAUGUUGCCGUACAUGUACCCUUAAAUAUUUGCUAUUACCUGUGUGUAAGGUAGCCUCAUAUGUUCUAUAUUGAUAUGCUUAACGAUAGGUGUUGCUUUGGUGGCUGGUAUUUUCUUGUAUGUUUAAGUUUAUUUUUUAACAAAAACCUAGUUUGCAAAAUAAUAUAUCUAUAUAUAAAUGAAAAAACUGAAUUGAUUUGUUUUUGCUUUUCAAUUUGAAUAUAAUUUUAUUUUUUUUUUAAUUGUAUAUUCUUUUUUAUGAAUUCUGUUCUGACAGAGUAGUGGCUCUGAGCUAUUCUCAUUCUCUUAUGGUAUAAAGGAGCAUUUCAUCAACUUUUUGCAGCCCUGUGCUCAUUAGCCUUGACUGUACUGUACUUGCUUUCUAUUUUCACAGUUUUAACUUUGUUUCUAUUCCCCACAAGACUGGACAAUAACCACCAUGCUGACAUCCACAAAAUAUGAAAGCAAUUAUUAAUUUUUUUUCUUCCAAAAAAGAGAGUUGUGUUCAGUAUGUGUUCUUUGAAUUGUGUGUAUUUGUUUUAUGUUUUCAUUUUUCACUUAAACAUUUAUGAACAAUAAAGUGCUGUAAUUGUGCUUCUCACACAACUAA